UGUUCCAAGAAAGCCUUGCUCCUUGUUGUCACACCUAAUAACGUACUUUGGAAGCAAACCAUGUCGGUAGACUGGUAGUCUUCCUGUAACGGACGUAAAGGUAGACAUUCAGCUGCCAACCACGACACUUGACGUAAACGUCGGCCUAUUGGGACACUUUAAACAUGGCACGGAACCAGUCGAGAGUGGACAGAGCUAUUGACGUUGUGGUCGAGAAUGGCGGAAUGGAGGCUUUCAAGAAACUGGCUCGUAAACUGGGGCUCAGCGAGGGCGACAUUGACACAAUAUCCGUCCGGGCACCGCAAAACCUCACCGAGCAAAAGCAACAGAUGCUGAGAAUGUGGAAACAGCGAGGCGGCUCAAGAGCGACACCUACCGUACUGAUGGAGGCUUGCAGGCAGGCGGGCAUCACUGACGUGGCAGAGAAAAUCCAAAGGGCGAUGGAUAGAGGAACCAUAUCUGAGCAAAUGCACGAUGACGCAUACGUAGGUGACGUCUGUGAACAAGCACUGAAGAAGUACUACAAGAGGACACAAUCGUACUACACCCCUCUCAACUGGUGUCCGUGGGUCGAGAUGGCUCAAAAAGACAACCACGUCCCCGUCAGGGUGAACCGGGUCACACGGGAGCUGUGCACGCCUGCCGAUCUCGCCAAGGAAGAGCUCCUGACGGAAGACGACGCCGUUAUCAUGGCGGACAACGUCAAGCGAGUCAUCUUCGAGGGCCCGUCGGGAAUCGGGAAGACGACUCUACUGCGUAACAUCGUCUGCCAUUGGUCAAUCGGGCAGAAGUUCAAUGGUAUAAAGAUGAUGUUCGCGCUGAAAGCUCGUCACCUCAAGGCUUCAGAGGACUUGUUUGACGCAAUUUACCAGCACAACAUCCUGCCGAGGGACUUUGUGAUCGCGAAAGAUCGGCUGAGAGAGUGGGUACAGAAGAACCAGGAGAAGGUCAUGUUCAUUAUCGAUGCGGUGGAAGAGACCCCCGGUUUCAGCCGAGACCAUUUCGUCGCAGGGCUCAUCUUCGGUAACUAUCUCCGGGAGAGCUACGUCGUCCUCACCACCACUGCCAUACACAAUCUUAAAGUGCCAAUCUUAAAGUCGUGCGACGCCUACUACGUCGUGGAAGGAUUCAAUCAAGAAGACGUCGAUACGUUCGUGGGAAAAUUCUUCAAGAAGGACAAGGAAGCACGGGGGAUGAGAGAGUUGUUGACUCAGUACGGCCACUCAAGUCUUCAGUAUGGCCACUCAAGUCUUGUUGAUCUGUGUAAGACUCCCAUGUACCUCAUGCUUCUCUGUCUACUGUGGAAAGAGAAAGACAGGACGCGGCGAGAUACGGUGACGGGGCUCUUUGAGGGGAUCGUCGACAUCUCCCUCCGCAAGUACUGCGAGAAACAUCUCCAUCUCAACCCGCAAGAAGAGAUCCCGGAGGACCUUCAGUGCAAACUCGAUGAGCUGUACGAACUUUCUUGGAAAACCCUUAACAAGAAGGGCCCGAUCGUCUUGAAGGAGACCGAAGUGACGAACAUCAGGGAAAGUAUGGUGAAGCUUGGGUUUCUUAUCAAAGAGAAAGGGCACCAAGCUGAGAAGUUCGCGUUCGGACACAGACUCCUCCGCGAGCUUUUCGCCGCCAAGUACGUGGUGAAGACUAACCGGAGAGACCUGUACGACAUGAUGUGGAGUAAAGGCUGUCAUUCCAUGCACAGGUUCAACACAGUGUGUCUCUUCGUGGCAGGUCUGCUAGGGGAACAUGCGAACCCGCUGUUCGAAUCCUUCGCGGACAGCCACAAAGCGAUGACAGCAGACGCCAACUGUUCACAAUGCUGCAUCGACACAAACACGGUCCUGGCUUGCCGGUGUGUCGUGGAAAGCACGCAGCCUCGACAGUUCGGUCUCUUCGUGGCGGAAACGCUGACUGCGAACAUGGGAUCAGGUCGCGUCAUCUCUCUCAACUUCUUCCGGCGACAUCCGAAGUUAAACACUCUCCUUGGCCUCUCGUACAUUGUUGAGAACAUCAACUGCUUAGACGACCACGGUAGGGUGGAUGACUCGAAGAGAAUAUCUCUCGUCCUGGAUAACUUGUGGAUCUACCGUCAGAAAGGUCUAGCCCGGUUGGGACAGGCUAUCAUGAAGACCCGGUGUAUCGACAGUCUGGCUAUCUCGUCUACGGGCCUGGACGUGAGUCUCACCAACCCGCGGAGUAACGACAGCAACAACGAGGGCAUGUACAGCUUCUUCGAGGCAAUCGGCGACCCCAGGAGCAUGAUCAGAGCCCUGACCAUCUCUGCACAGAUAGAUCGGAUGAGCGAGUCUGCCAUCCAGGCCAUCCCGGAAGCCUUCAAGAACAACGUAAACUUGGAACAGCUGGACCUCUUCACGCUGUUCUCCAAGAGAUGUUCGUACCGCUGCAGUGACAGCGACAAGAGGAACAUAUGUCUCAGGACCAAACACAUUGAGAUGCUUCUGACGGACGUCACGAAGGCAAUUGAGAACAUGUCAAAUCUUCGGACUCUGAGGAUCUCGGCAAAUGUCCUGCGCGAAGAAAUGUCCAAAACGCUCUUCGUCCCUGCCCUGGACAGUCAUCCCAGCAUCAAGGCUCUCCACGUUGUCGGUCAGGUCAAAGGAAGAGGACACUUGACCAUGACAGGUGCAAAAUCUCUGGCUAGAAUUCUAGAAAAGAACCGGAAGCUGGAAGCUGUGAGUAUCCGGUUGACGACAGUGUCGGAGGACACCCGCGAGCCGCUAGCUGACACGCUGUGUGAGGGUCUUUGCCAAACAAGCGCGGCGUCUGUCGAACUCUUGUUUAACUGUGUCCUUCAGCGAGAGGCUCGCAUCUUCGCAGACAUUGUGAAGACAAACGCCAACGUCACAGACAUCACCUAUUCCUGGCACACGAUGUUCCCGUCCUUCCUCGCAACGCUAGCCAUCCACGUCAGAGUCUCCGCCACUCUGGAAAGACUGGUGCUCUGCGGCAAGUUUGAAGACGGGGAGUCGCUUGUAGAAUUGGUGAAAGCCGCUAUGGCGAACGAUAAACUUGGCUCCCUUGUCCUGAACGGCAAGUUCUUUGUUGAUCGGACGGUCUCUGCCGUCACGGCGUGCUUGAAUGAACGACAGGAGGACAGGGAACUGGAGCGUCCGUUCAUUCUACACCUCUCAGGCGAUGUGGUGGGAGACAACGCGGAAGACGCCAUGACUGAGCUAGACCAACUGUCAAAGUCGUGCGCGGAUCACAACAUUGUCGUCCACAACACUCUGUCGGUGGAGACACACCCUGAUACGUACAUCGGGAGUCUGCAGCUGAGAGCUGCCAUGAGGGCGAAGAGAGAGCGACGGCUGAGAUCACCCCAGGCAUCUGAGAGGUCAGUCCAAGAAGAGCCGCGGAAAGUGCGCAAGACUGCCAAGAGACGGCGCGGGAAAACGAGAGGACGGAACAGGGAAGAGCGAGCGUUAUCGAAAGAAGAGUCACACAGGAGCCGACAGAACUGGCUAAAGUGUCACGUCAUUGGACUUAUCAUCAUUCUUGUUGUUGUAGUUGCGGGAGUAGUUAUCUUAGGAUGGUGCGAUGUCAGAGGUGGGACGUAAAAUCCAACUUUGCUUGUGGAUUGUCGUAAUAUAUCGUAACAUCGGCUUGGUAAU